CGGCGGCGGCGGAGGCGGCGCGCGGGGCACGUGGUCACUGGGGGCCGCCCCGGGUGCAGGGGCCGUGCGGUGCGGUGCUGUGCGGUGCGGGGGAUUCUAUGUUGUCAUCCUUCUGUGUUUAAAAGGAUAUUGAGCCAUACGCUCGUGAGAAUUGGAUCUGCAAAAGGGAUCCAACUCUUCGAAACUCAUGUACUCGCAUUGAAAAGAACAAUUGUGUGUGUACGUUUCUGGUGCCUUAAGAAAGAUGGAAGUCUUGGAAGCGAGCAACCUUGCCUUAAAGCGUCCUCACUCUGAUAACAGCGAAGAGCUAACUGACCCAGAGCAAUGUAAGAAGACUAAGAGCUCAGAGCUUUGCAUACCUUUAGAUUCAACCAGAAAAGAUACAGGACUGAUUGACGAAGGUUUGCAGGCUGCCCUCCCUGCAAAAGAUGAUGAAAAUGGGAAGGAAAACGAGGACGAAAUAGAUGAUGCUGUGGUUGUGGAGGAAGAUGGAGAAGCCGACGGAGACAGCUUUGCCGAUUUGAUGAAACAUGGUUUAGUAGAAGAGGAUGUUGGCAUCACCAAGUUUGUCAGUGCACACAAAGGAUUUUCUGGAAUUCUGAAGGAAAGGUAUUCAGAUUUUGUUGUGCAUGAGAUCAACAAAGAUGGGAAGGUGGUCUUUCUGGAUAAUCUAUCUGUACCAGCUGAUGAUGAGGAUCCUACGGAGGAAAUAUUUUCAGUAUUGUCUGCUGAAGACAAACAGCGCCUGGAAGACCUUCAGCUAUUCAAGAAUAAGGAGGACUGUGUUGCAAUCGAGGUUGCGGAAGAUACCAAAGAAAAACGAACAGUUAUUCAUCUGGCUGUGAAGUCCCUCUUUCCCGGGCUUGAGACAAAAACUGAAGAGCGAGAGGGGAAGAAAGUCAUUAUUGCCUAUCAUGUUGCUGGCAAGACUGCAUUGGCAAAUCCGAGAAAGCACUCAUGGCCUAAAAGCAGAGGGAGUUACUGCCACUUUGUGCUGUACAAGGAAAACAAGGACACAAUGGAUGCUAUUAACGUGCUGUCUAAAUUCCUGAGAGUCAAGCCAAACAUAUUUUCCUACAUGGGGACCAAAGAUAAAAGGGCUAUAACAGUACAAGAAAUUGCAGUCUUAAAGAUAACAGCACAGAGACUCUCUCAUUUGAACAAAUGUUUGAUGAACUUUAGACUGGGAAAUUUCAGUUACAAAAAGCACCCUCUGAAGCUGGGUGAAUUGCAAGGAAAUCAUUUUACCAUCGUUCUGAGGAAUAUCACCGGAUCACAUGAGCAGGUGGAGCAAGCCAUGACUUCCCUCAGGGAGAUUGGAUUUAUCAACUACUAUGGAAUGCAACGAUUUGGGACGACAGCAGUUCCAACUUACCAAGUGGGAAAAGCAAUUCUGCAGAACGACUGGAGUGAAGUCAUGGAUCUGAUCCUAAAGCCUCGCCCUGGAGCGGAGAAAGGUUAUCUGGUAAAAUGCAGAGAAGAGUGGGCUAAAAAAGACCCUGAAGCUGCACUGAGAAAGCUCCCUGUCAAAAGGUGUGUGGAAGGACAGUUGCUGCGAGGAUUGGCAAGAUAUGGGAUGAAGAAUAUCGUGUCAGCGUUUGGUAUUAUUCCAAGGAAUAACCGAUUAAUGUACAUUCACAGCUAUCAGAGCUAUGUGUGGAAUAAACUUGUGAGCAAGAGGAUUGAAGAUUAUGGACUUAGAGCAGUGGCCGGUGAUUUAACACUGAAAGGAGCCACAGCUGUUCACAUUGAGGAAUCUGAUGUUGACAAAUACUCCAUUCAUGACGUGGUGAUGCCUUUGCCUGGAUUUGAUGUCCUCUACCCAAAGCACAAAAUUGGAGAGUGCUACAAGGAAAUGCUGGAUGUUGAUGACUUGGAUAUAAACAACAUGAGACACAGAAUUCGGGAUUAUUCCCUAUCAGGAGCAUACAGGAAGAUUAUCAUUCGCCCUCAGGAUGUUAGCUGGAAUGUUCUUGCGUACGAUGAUCACAAAAUCCCACUGAUUCACACAGACCUGGAAAGGCUGGAAGGGACACCGUUGCCUGAAUUUUCGAAAGAAGGUAAAUGCAGAGCCCUGAAAAUGGAAUUCUCACUUCCUCCGUCUACGUAUGCCACUAUGGCCAUUCGAGAAGUUCUCAAAAUGGACACCAGCAUAAAAAACCAAACUCAGCUGAACACUGUGUGGCUGCGAUAACCAAAAGAAAUGGAAACAAGGUCUGCUUGGAGUUUUUUUUUCCCCCAGAAAAGUGAAACGUGGAGUGUUUUUAAAUGUCUGAUCAUUGUUUUGUAACAUCUGCUGAAGUGUUGGAGCAAAUUAAAUAUUCGGCUGAUUUUAAUUUUAUGUAAGAAGCCAGCAAAACCUUUCAGGGUUUUUUCUUUGAUCUUCAAAGAUUGCUUUUAUUUUUCAGAUGUUCGGAAUCCUUAAUGCUCUUGUAUUUUGAAGCAACAUGUAAUCACACUUAUUAUUAAUAAACAGUGCUUUGGCGGUAUUACA